UUUCUUUCAGGUGAGAGGGGUGCCUUGCUGGACGCUGGCCUGACCCAUCAUGUAACUUGCUCGUAGGGGGCACUGAAAGGGAUUCACCAGAGGGCUUCAUUUGCCAGUCACUUUUCCGUAUGCGCACACUGUAACAUAUACUCAGGGAAAGAAAACAGUGGCAAGUGGGGAGAUGUCUGCACGAGGGAUUGGUGAGGGGAAAAGAGCAUCGGGACGGCACGGCAGCGCGCGUGGCAUGAGCGGGCAACUCAGGGAGUGCGGGGGCGGUCGCGGGGGCAUGGGCAGGCGCGCGGACUUGGGCGGCAGUUUGGGUCUGGUUGUAGUGACGGGAAGGGCGGCAGGCAGCAGCGUGGGGACUGAGGGUCGGUGACGCGCGCCGCUGACACGCGACACAGGCCACUGACGCAAGCCAACUCGCGGAAUUGCUGUCGCAGCAGCGUUCAGCGACCCGGACGCGACACCGCUGACGGGACGCUUGUGCUUCCUGCUAACGCCAACUUGUAGAGGCGAAAUAUGCAAUGUAAACAGCGACCUUGGUGAAAUACACUCCUCGCCAGUAGCAUGUUAUGUAAUACCGGUGCGCCGCGGAAGAUCUCGAGGAGCGAGGCGCAGGAGAAGCGUCGCGCAUAGUAGAUGUUGGUGGUCACUGCGAUCAGAACUUGUGACAAUGCGAAGGAGGAACCCUGCCCGUAGUCAGGCUUAAAAGCAGUAAGGGGAGAACGUGAGGCACAACUGACUCGUGACAGAGUGUGUGUUGAGGGGUGUUAGCUAUGAUGCCCGAGGACAUGGCCUCCUCCUCUGGGUAUGGAGUGGCCCUCUCCACAGGCCAGUGGAGCGUCAAUCCCGACACGGGCCUGAUGACGCUGACGGAGGCGGCAAAGGCCAGGAUCAUCAACCAAGACCCCAUCGAGAAGUGGUACCUGCUGGACCCCGAACCCCUUGCAAGGGGCCAGUUCGCCGUGGUCUACCACUGCCGCCAUCGCAUCACUGGAGAAGAGUUCGCGGCAAAGUUCUCGUCCCGAUGGCGUCUCGGCGCCGACUGCACCUCGGACAUCCUGCACGAGGUGGGCGUGUGCGCGCUGCUGCGACAGGCGCAGCGCACCGUGCAGCUGAAGGAAGUGUUCCGCACCGAGACGGAGCUGGUGCUCGUCAUGGAGUACGCCGCCGGCGGAGACCUGCAGACGCUGCUGGACGAGGACUUGGUGCCCUAUGAGCGUGACGUUAUCAGCUUCACGCGACAGCUCCUUGAGGGACUCGUGAAGGUGCACGACCUGAAUCUGGUGCACCUGGACAUUAAGCCGCAGAACCUGGUGUUGAUGGGGGAGUUCCCGGAUUGUGACGUCAAGCUGUGUGACUUUGAGAUCUCGCGCCUUCUCACUCCGGGAAGGGAAGUGCGCGAGAUUCUGGGCACUCCUGAUUACGUGGCACCGGAGAUCAUCCUUUACGAACCCAUCACCACCAAAACGGACAUGUGGUCCCUGGGCGUGCUGGUGUACGUGCUGCUGACGGGGUUCCUGCCAUUCGGAGGCGACACGGACCAGGAGACCUUCUUGGAGAUCACCCUUGGAGAGCUGGACUUCCCGGAGGAGCUCUUUGAGGACAUCUCAGCUGAGGCCAUUGACUUCAUUAAGAAACUGCUGAUCCGCAAACCCCAGUCAAGGAUGAGCGCGAGGGAGUGCCUAGAACACCCCUGGAUGAAGGCUGACCUCAGUAAAGCCAAGAUCCCGCCUCAGCCACUGAAACCACCGACGUCCCUCCCGCUGACCUCCAUCAACACGCCACUGGACGCCACCUGCAUCCUCACCUCCACCCCCGCGCCGUCCCCCGCUACCCGCGCCUCAAGUGUGCACUCCCCGUCCCUCAUGUCAGCACUCUCAGACAUGAUUACCGGUAGUCAUGACCCGCACGCCCGCUCCUGCGCCUCACUUAGCAAUACCCCGGUUAUGCUCACACCUACGAAUACCACGCCCGCAGCUGUGACACCUUCCAGCACCACGCCCACUGUUCUGACGCCCAUGAGCUCCUCCCCCCGUGACAUUGGCUUGCCUCCUAUACAUCCUUUGUCUGGUCCCAAAUCCUCAGCUGUAAACUCCGCCUACUCCUCCACCAACUCUCUGUACCGCGGAGGCUCCAGGCAGAGUUUGGAUCGCGCCAGAAGCCUCUCCAAGUCCCGUGAGGUCCUCUUCGAGAGAAUGCAGAUGUCCAACCAGAAGAAGGCUCUCUCCAAGUCCCGUGAAAGACUCCACGAGGGACGGCUGGGUCUCUCCAGGUCACGGGAGGAUCUGUGGGCCCUCAGGUCCUUUUCCCACUCCGAGGAGGCCCUGUCAGUGUUCAGUUGGUUGAAUCAAGACGACUCCAUUCACAAGAGCUGCAAUAACGUCUUCCUGCCGAUGCUGCCAAUGCUGGAUGAGAACAGAGUCUCGGGUCGCCUAUACAAGAGUCUGGCAUCCAUUGACAAGAUAGACGAGGUGGGCACGGAGGCUAACGAGGGGAGUGAGAGACAGAGCAUCUUCGACUCGAGGUUCUCCAUCAAUGACGAAGAGUACAACCACCUCAUCACCAAGUACAACACCGCCGUCAACAGCCACAGGGGCACGGCUCAGGGACAGAAGGCAGGACGGACCAAGAGCCCCGUGCCUGAGAGGGGGCGCCUGAGGGACACAGAGUACCGGGGCGGUCGCGGUGCCUCGCCGUGCCAAAAGUCCUGCGCGAGACACACAAGUCGUUCCGAGCCACAGAACACCUCCAAAGGCAAUCGAUCUGACAGGAUGAAGCGAGAUGUCAAAAGGCGCAAGGGCAAGAAGGAUAAGGAUAAGCAAAGGACGGAAUCCCCGAGCAUGAAGCAGCCGCCGACAGACUCCAAGACGCUCAGACACAACGAAAAGGCAACAGACAAGGCAGCAGCAGCAGGUAGUCGCGCCCCGUCCCCCAACAAGCGCCGCGGCUCCGUCUCCCACAUCGAGCAGAGGAUUCAGGAGAGGCACGAAAGGCAGCAGGAGAAAGAAAAGCUGGAGAAGCAAGAACGCCAAGAGAAACAAGAAAGGAGAGGAUCCGGAAAAAGCGGCGCUUCGACUCCAAAACGACGAGACUCGGACGACAAAAGCGCCAGCCGGGAGAAACAGCGCAACACAAGGAACAAGAGCGGCGAGGCGGCCACCAACACGCCCAGGAGCUCCUCGCCCCCCAAGCGGAACAAGGUGACCAAGACAAAGUCCACCAGCAGCGAGGCGUCCCCGAGCUCCUCGCUGGAAAGUGUCAAAGAAAGUUCAGAAUGGAAACGACGAACUUCCAAACACAGUGAGCCGCGGGAGUCGCCGAGACCCAGAAAGGGAUCGUCCGGGGCCUCGAGUCAGACUGCUGAGAAAGGCGAGAGGAAACCAGACAUGGACGAGGCCUACGUGUCCCUGGAGGAGCCUGUGGACGACGGCAUCUUCAGCAGGAGUGAAAGCAUGGACAGCUCCAACACUCUGGAGUCUGACCACACCGUCCGCGCUACAGACACAUCCUCGGACACCCUUGAGUCCACCUUCAGCACCACGGGCAUCUUGGAGAGUCUUGAGAACGCCUCGAAGGAAGUCUUGGAGAAGCCAGUGCAGAUCCAGCUAUCGGAGAAACAUGAACUCGAGAUUUCAAAGAACAAGCAGGUGACGACGGAGAGUGUGGUGGUGGAGGUGCGGCCCGCGGCGGACUGCGUGGCGGAACUGUCGGCCAUCCAUGAGGAGGAGGACGAGAAGGUCGCCUUCGCCCGCUCAGUGUCCACCAGCAGUGACAUCGGCAGCAUGCUGAGCGAGAACAGCGAGGCAGAAAAGGAGGAAGGAACCGCGGCGCCCUCAAGGACCCAGCAGGAGCCCGACCAGCACUUGGCAGCCCUCAGCUGGAAGCGUCGCGGCAGGUCCAUGAGCAUGCAGCCCAGCGACCCGCCGCCUUUCUCGCACCUCCAUUUGUGCAGAUCAAACUCCUUCAACCUGGGCAUGCCCCUCGACAACCUGGUGGCGGCGCCGUGGGGGGAGGUGUGCGAGGGCGCCAUCAGCCGCGCCCUCGAGAUGUUCAAACUGAACCCCAAUGACCUGACCACGUUCGGCAGGAGCGUGCUGGAGCGGCGGACGUCGCUGCAGAGUCAGUAGCGGCAGACAGGUCGUCGCACGCUACUGGUCGUGUACAAAGGCGCCGUGCGACCCUAAACCUUUGUUGUAUAGGCGACGACUCUUGGUAGGCUGCUGCUGCGCCGAGCUUUGUGAUAACGUUACUCUUCCUCAUGACGAAUCCGACUGAGGCUACGUGACGGCUUCUGCGGGAGGCUUCAGGACUCGCCGCCCUGGGUGGCGAGAGGCCCCGGGACGCGAGGGGGACUGGCUGUGUGGCGAGAUGGAGGAGGAAGCCGACGGGAGGCCGACCAGUGAUACAACUAACCCAAUACUGAGGCUCUUGCAAUAAUACAUGUGAUGUACUUGUUUCUCCGUGCCUCUAGCGGAUAUUUAUGUAAGUCAAGUUAAGUUUAUUGUUACGGACUACAUAGUGGACGUUUGAUUCCUCAACCUGCACUUUUCCCAAAGUGCCCGGAACACAUAUGGUAAACAGCUUUAAGCUAUGUACAUAAACACUCCUCGUUAGCACGUAAGGAUCCCGGGGAUGGUGGCGGCUUUUGUCUCGGCCGGCGGGCCAGCGCUCUCUUCCUGCGACACGUCCGACUGUAACACACCUCUACUUUGGGCUUUACAUUCACCUGUUAAAAACCUGCUUCUCACGUGUAACAACCACUACCCUUAUAGCGUAAGUCAAGUCUGUGUGACUGUACAAAGGGGAGGCCCGCGGCGAACGCCCUCCCAGGGACGUGGCGGGCGGCGGGCCUUCCCUGCACAGGAGGCUGCGGCACCACACUAACACGCUCGGAGGCAUACUUAGGCGAACUGAUGCGAGUCCUGCUAGUCAGCGUACCAUUAGCUUUCAUGAGGGUAGUGACGCCGCGGCCGCGCCAAGCCUGCGACCCACGCCAGGACUAGGAUCCGGCGGAGGGUGGGCGCGUGGAUGGGUAGGUGGUGACGCCCGCGCCGGGGAGGAAGGGGAAGCACGGGGAGGGAGAUUUGGUGGCGCAAGAACUAAGGAGAAAGAGAGCAAGGAAAUCAGAGGGGAGGAAAAAAGAAGGUGGAGGAGCGAGGAGGAGAAAAAAAGGAAGGAGUGGGGUAAGGAGAGAGAACAGAUGAGGGACGAAGGGUUCAAAGUGAUAAUAUAAACGAAAACGGAAGGUGAAGGAUGACUGAAGUAGACAAAUAAGAACGUGCGACUGAUUAGAGUGAGCGGAUGAGUAGUGGGAGCUGCGGCGAGGUGAAUAAGAGAGUGGCAGUGAAUGAAAAUGAUGGCUGGGGCGUGAAGGGGCCAUGAAUGAACAAGCUCUGGGGUAUACGUAACUUUUAUGAGAGAUUAAUACGAGUGCGUGCGUCAGUGAAUGGACCUUCAACUCGGGGAACUUAACAAUGAGCAAGAAGAUGAAUGGACGAGAGAUGAAUGGGAGGAGGAGUGAAAAGAAAGGCAAAUGCUGAUGAUUAAUACCGGAGUAAAUGCAUGAAUGAAGAAACGUGAUCAGGGAGUAGGUGAAUGGGGCAACUUGUGAAUGAAUAUAAAUAAAUGGUCGGGUGUAAGAGUGCAAAUAUGGGCAGGGCGGGGUGGAGUGGGGCGGGGCGGGAUGUGACAGAGGGAAGGAAGAGACAGAGUAGGUAAAGCUAAGCAUGGGAGAGCAGGGAUGGGGCAGAACUAAACGGGGCUGGGGCGGAACGAAGCGGGACGGGGCGGGACUUUGGAGACUGAGCAGAGAUGUAACAAGGAGAGGGAGGACAGAGUAGGAAAAAAAGUGAACAUGGAGGAGAGAAAUAAAACUAAACGAGGUGGGAGAAGGAACUGGGAGGAGAGGGGCGGGGCGGGGAGGGGUAGACUAAGCAGAGCGAGAUAUGACAGGAUUAUGAGGGAGAGAGUAGAUUUAAUUAGGAUGGAGUAAGGUUCAAGCGAGCAAGGGCGGGGUGGGACGGGGCGGGGUGAGGCGGGGCAGCCACUCGGUGUCCAGAGUCCGGUGCAGGCGUGGCAGCGUCACUCGGCGUCACACGGUUUCAAGUCAGCUAAAACCAAAGUAGGUGUACAGUACUUUAUUCUCGUAUUAAGGACAUGAAAUAUACGGUGUUCCAGGAAGCAGAAAUAAUGGAUAUAAAUACAAAUAUAUAUAUAAGCACACCACUGCGGCUUUUAUUCCUAUCCCACCUGUUGUUAAUAAGAGAUACACCUUGACUGUUCACCAUUACCAAUUUGAUACCUGCGCCACUAAUGGUAGGAUCAGGACGCAAUACUGUAGCUGAAUACCUUAACAUCUACGUAUCCCACUUGUAAUUAAUUGGUACCACGCACAUCUUAAGUGUUCACCUGUGUUUACCUGUAUCAACACCACACCUACGUCACAAGGUCAAAUGAAGGAAGCACAAAUAUGUUAUCUAAUGCAUUAAUAAUAUCUAUAUAUCCUACCUGCUGCUAAUUGGCACCACGAAACACCUUAAUUGCUCACCUGUAACAAACCACACCUGAACCAUGGUAAGUCAAGUGAAGGGAAUUAAACACUUAAUUACAACGAUGCUUUGAUAACAUCCACAAAUCCAACCUGUCGUUAAUUGGCGCCACGGAUACCUUAUUUACCUGCAUGACUCUCACACCCUACGUCGCACAAGGUAGAGGCGCAAUAUUGUAACCCGAUACCUUCCUAAUAUCUAGAUAAGAAGUCAGUUGCAGAUUAAGGGACGAACACAGAAUACUACACUUUAACGAUCGUGUAUCAUAACUGACGCAGCAACAGGGAAGGUCAUAUUAACUACGCGUCGCUCAGGUAACCUUACGUGGCCACUGGGUCAACCUCAUCAAGUACGUACGGUGUCAAUAAAACCCACACACGAACACACCAGGCAACAUCGUCUGGAAAAAACAUCGGUGUAUCUUUCCAGACUAGCAAUGCGACCAGGAGCUGAGUCACCUAAAGGAAGCUGCAGGAAGGUUCAUAAAACACACACACACACACACACACACAUACACCAAGGUAAAAGCAAUAUCUACAUACUAACAACAGGAUCGUUUAAAGAGAAAAUGGUGCGUCAUAUUUCAAGAAGAGCAAUGCCGGUGAGGAUUGCAAGUCACCUGAAGGAGGCACGCGGCAGCAGGUAAGGAGCCGUAGGUAGUAACAUUUGAUAAUACACAAAACUACAAAAAAAUAAACAAAAUAUUUACACCUCUAUCAUCUAAGAAGAAAAAAAAAGUAUAUUUCUAAACGAGCAAUACCACAAAAAAAAGUUACCUUAAAUAGCCAAAUAGAAACAUUAAAUCAAUGAUAAGAUUCGAAAAAAAAAAAAAAAACAGCUUAAACAUGAACACCAGCAACCACCAGCACAGUCACCGCGGAAAAGCAAUGCUGCAUCUUUGUAAAGGAGCUGUGCCGGAAUCGCAGGUUGAGCGAGUACAGAGCCACAGGUAAGCUUCGCAGAACGUGAACCAUCCCGGUGACCUUGAACCACCAAAAGGCGCGGGGCGAGGCGCAGUAAUGAUGACUCAACCCGGCCACCCGCACCUGUAAUUGCCGCCGCUAUAUAAGCCACCAGUGGGAUACUCGUACAUAGGAAUACUCGGGCAACAGACGCGGCGCCCGUGACGGUGCCAAAUCACCGCCCCUCUCGGAGAACCCCCUUCGGAGCCGCAGCGUCAGACUGGCGGCGACGAGGAGACGGAGGGAGCCAGCAGUGGACCACCACUCGGCUGCCCUCCCGCCUGCCCACAUUUGUACCCGAGUCAGCCUGUGUUUAUCCCUUCAUCAGCAGGCGAUCAAGGGAGGCGGCGAAGGAUCAAUGCCAACCGCUGUGGGGAGGAUAAUGCGCCGUUGUGUUGGGGAGGAGGGCGACGCGACCACGAACUAAAGACGGUCAUCAAAUCCGUGGUAAUCCGUCACCGCUGAAUGUUGAUGAUUUAAGCCGCGUUAAGGGAACUGCCCGCUGCUUUAGGUCAAUGUUACGUGCUACACUGUGUCUCGCGUGGCUCAGUAUGCAAGUCAAGUCUGUCAGCGAGCUGACCAAGCCUUGCAUCGCUGCGCCGGUGGGGGCAUGCAGCGCGCCCUCCAAGCUACCCGCAUAUAGGACUCGAGAGGUCAGGUGUGUCAGCUAAAUAUUUGCCCUUCCUUUCGACACACACCAUCACCUUCAGUCACCCUUCGUACUUGUAAAACUAUGAAGGAAGAGAAAAUUAUACAGGGUCAGGUUCACUCGUGCUCCGUCUGAGAUAAGCGAUGGGUUGUGUUCACGGAGGAGGCAGCGCUGAGUGCACACCCUUGGGGCGUGGCCUUGAGGUGCUGGGUUACCGCGGGACACCAGGUGGGCGCGGGCAGGUGUGGGUGUUGCCGCUGCCGGGACAGUGACGCACACCAGCACACCCGCACUCCAGCACGCCUGCCUGCCCUCCCUGCAGGAAAUGGGAGGACCUGCACAUUAGCCGCACAAGGAUAUGGCGCUGAAGGAUAUCAGUGACGCUUCCUUGUAGCACUCCCCGGGACACUGACACGCGCUGCCUCCCUCGCUACACACUGACCUUCAAGCGUCUCCUGAUGGGACAAAACUGCCAAGAAAAGGUGUCCCAUAUGUUUAGCAAAGACACGGGAUUUUUUUUUCUCCUUCUUUAAUGUCGAAAUAUCAAUAAAUUAAUCAAUCUUCCUUUCCUCUUCCCCACAGCGAAGGUAACCUGGUGAUACGUGGAUACGUCUCAAAUACGUACUUUGUAAAUAAAUGUUACUUCUUUCACAGAGCCAAAAAUUAAAUCAUCAAUAUCA